CUGGUGUCUUGAAAUUCUGCCCUUGUCACUUCAUCUGUAAUUGAGUAGAUAUUCUGCCCCUGGCCGUUUGUCUCCUAACCGGGCUUGUCCUACUGCCAAAGUAUCCCUCAACUACCACGACCACCCAAAACUCAUUCGCCUCCGUUCUUGGGUUUUUUGUUACCACGACGAACGGAAAUCGUUACUCCACUUCUCAUUUGAGUCAAAUGGCCAAGCAAGUGCCGAAUAUUUACAUCGUCGGCCCGCAGUGCACUGGCAAGACGACGCUCGUCAACGCAGUAGAAAAGGAUCCGAGGCUGCAAAAUGAGACCAACACGACGCUACCGCAACCACGUAUCAUCAAAGAGGUAGCAAGAUGUGUUCUCCAAAAAUACCACUUCACGGCAGCCGACAUCAGGGAUGACCCUGAGCGGUGCCUUGGACUGCAGGAGCUCAUCCUAUGUGCCCAGCACGAGUCAGAAACCUCAGCUCUACGAGAGGCACCGUGGCUGGUGUCGGACCGUUCCGGGGUCGACCCCAUUGUCUACGCGCUGAUGCACGUCGGGGCGUGGGCCGCCGGGAAAAUGCUGGAGUCGGAUGCCUGGAAGUCGCUGCGGGGUCGAAUGGCGACUUCGCUGGUGAUCCUGUGCGAGCCCAGUGCAGAUUGGCUGUUGGAUGAUGGGGUGAGAUUGAUGCCGCUCGAUAUGGAGGAAUGGACAGAGACGUUUCGAACGUUUCGCGCCUUGUUGGAACGGGAGGGCGUGGAGUACCAUGUAGUCCCUUCUGUAAUGUCGGGUUUGGAGGAGAGAGUGAAUUUUGUGUUAUCUCGAUGGAAGGUUUUGGGACAAUCGGACCUCGAGGAUGAAACGGCGGGAUGCCUAUACACAUUGUAAAUAGUUCGGGAGAAAGCAAAGCGAGGCAAACAGAUCUGACCGACGUGGCAUCCUCUACCCCACGUUCAGUGGAGUGCUCCCCACAUAACCCCGCGACCUCGCCCAC